AUGCAGCUGAAAUCCAUCCUCUCGCUCGCGGGCCUGCUGUCCACCACGCUGGCCCUGCCUACCAUCGACGUGGUGUCCAACAAGUUCUUCUACUCGAACAACGGGUCCCAGUUCUACGUCAAGGGUGUCGCGUACCAGAAGAACACAGAAAAUGCUACCGACGACGCUACCUACGUCGAUCCGCUCGCUGACGAGGACUCGUGCAAGAGAGACAUCCCGUACCUGCAGAACCUCGGCAUCAACGUGAUCCGCGUGUAUGCCGUCGACGCCUCCAAGGACCACGACGGAUGCAUGUCUCUGCUCGAGGACGCUGGAAUCUACGUGAUCUCGGACCUUUCGACCCCCAACGAGUCCAUCGAGACCACCAGUCCGUCCUGGACGGUCGAUCUGUACAACAGAUACGCCACGGUGAUCGACAUGUUCCAGAGCUACGACAACGUGCUCGGCUUCUUUGCCGGUAACGAGGUCAUCACCAACAAGACCAACAGCGACGCUGCUCCGUUCGUCAAGGCGGCCAUCAGAGACAUGAGACAGUACAUGAAGGACAACAACUACAGAGACAUUCCGAUCGGCUACUCGGCCAAUGACGACGCCAACACCAGAGUUCCGUCUGCGGACUACUUCUCCUGUGGAGACGACGACGUCAAGGCAGACUUCUACGGCAUCAACAUGUACGAGUGGUGCGGAAAUGCCACGUUCUCGAGCUCCGGCUACGAGGCCAGGACGGAGGAGUUCUCCAACUUGACGAUCCCGAUCUUUUUCUCGGAGUACGGUUGCAACAGCGUCAAGCCCCGCGAGUUCACAGAGGUGCAGGCUAUCUACUCCGACGAGAUGACAGACGUGUGGUCCGGCGGUAUCGUGUACAUGUACUUCCAGGAGGAGAACGACUACGGUCUCGUUUCCAUCAAGGACGACGCCGUCUCGACCCUGGGCGACUACACGAACCUCAAGAGCGAGCUCGAGAAAAUCAGCCCUACCACGGCGUCUGCGUCUGCCGCAUCGCAGUCGGCCACCGAGCUGAGCUGUCCAACCAGCCAGAGCAACUGGAAGGCGUCCACGGACCUGCCUCCAACUCCAAACGAGGCCGUGUGCGACUGUCUCGAGUCGUCGCUCAAAUGCGUCGUUUCCGACGACGUCGACUCCGACGACUACGGCGACUUCUUCGGCAUCGUGUGCGACCUCACCGACUGCUCGGAAAUCUCCACCAGCGGCAGCAACGGCUCCUACGGCGCGUACUCGUACUGCUCCGCCAAGGACAAGCUCUCGUUCCUGCUCAACAAGUACUACGAGGAACAGGACUCCAACUCGUCCGCCUGCGACUUCAGCGGCUCUGCCUCGCUCAACUCCAAUGCCUCGACCGCGUCCAGCUGCUCUUCGCUGCUGAGCUCGGCCUCGGCCUCUCCGUCGGCCACCGGCUCCUCGAACUCGUCCCAUGCAUCUGGCUCCGGCUCCAGUUCCGGCUCCAGCUCCGGCUCCAGCAGCUCCAGCUCCUCGUCGUCGUCGGCCGGCGCCGGCGUCAACGCCGUGCCCCUGUCGGCCCCACAGCUGGGCCUGCUCUCCUUAUUCUCCACCUUCUUCCUGGGCGGACUCUCCUACAUCUUUAUCUAG